AGCAGAGUUACUUGGGUUUUGUUUAAAGAAACUUUUAAAGUGGAACUGGAACUUUCUACCAAAGCAAGUCUCAACUUUGAUGAAACUAAAAUCAGACAGUUCUAGUGUUUGAAGCAGCAGGCUCUUGCACUUGCCAGGGCUACAGGAAGACAGCCAUGGAUGAAGUUUAUAAGGUCACUUCCACAGAAAGGACCCAGCUGUUGGAGAAAGAACUGGAUGCACGGCUGAGCGAGCUGAGGUCUGAGAUAGAAGAACAGGGCCUCCUUCAGGGAGCUGCUCAUCGAGUGUACAGUUCUGUUCAAAUACCAAAGGACAUUUCUUACUUUAGAAGAGAAAGGGAGUUGACUCUAAAGAAAAUCUUACAGGUGGCAGAGCCGAAGCCCCUUGUUAUUCAGGCCGACGUCCUGCAGAGGGAGCUAGAGAGCUGCCUAAGAAGAGAGUACACGCCUGAAAAUUUGCCUUUGCUUCUGUUGCAGUAUUACACAGAGAGAAUUACCCAGCUGGCCCAGAGUAAAUAUUUACACAUGUGUAGGUGGAAGAGGUUUUGCCAGCACAGUACAACCAUGGAACAUCUUUAUCCUCUUUAUAAGAAACAAGUGGCCUACAUUAUGCGGGAGUAUAAUGAUGCUGUUCAGAGAGCUGAAAGACUGUCUGUUGCUCGAGAAAACUUCCUUAUGGGAAAAAACAAUCCUCCUAACCUGGUGACACAAGAAGAUCUGACGAUUUACACGAAGUGGCUAGUGUGUCACUUACACUCCCUCAGGACCAUUCAUCACUACCUGCAGGCCCUCCAGUAUCUGCCAAUCUCCAAAGCGCUGAAUCUAGAUGACAACCAAGUCCCUGAGGCUAGUCAGGAAAAGGAAAAGGUCUACAUCAGUGACACGGACCCUGACAUCCGGGCUGCCUCUCCUGGCUCUACGGAUACCAGCAUUUCAGGGCCAGUGGACACAGAUUCUGCUUUCAUCCUGCCUCGACAUGUAACAGAAGCAGAAAAACUAAAACCUCAGCUGAAGCACCUACUUUCCCACUUUCAAAUCCGAUACGACGUGCGGGAGCUCAGGGACUCUGUGAAGGAAAUGGAACUUUUUUCACUGGUUUGCCAAAACUUUCAAAGCAUCUUCAUGGAGCAGCAGCGGUUGCAAACAUUUCUUGACUAUGAGGCUGAGAUCACUAAAGUACAGAAUUUGGAUUUGUCUGGACCUGCUAUGACCUUGAAAAAGCGAGCCAACUGGAUUUCCUUUAUAAAGAUCAAGCCAAAAUGUGAUCCUUGGCAAAAGAAGAUGUUGAGCAGACUCAAAGAACGGAAAAGAAUAGAUCUAUUAAUGCAACUCCAAGCAAAGUUUUUGAAGAUUUCUGACCCCAAGCGAGUAAUGCAAGUGCUCCAAGAUCACGCUUCUAAGGCAAACACCCUGAACCCACAUCAUCCACCUUUCAUGACUCCCCAAGCUUUGCAUCAUUGCAAUUAUAACAAAAUCUGGGAGAAUAUUUACAGCAACAUCAAUCUCUACCAGAAUAUGAAAGAUGCUGACCUUUCAAUGGAACAAAAUGAAAAUGACCUAGCACCAAGUCUCAGCCAAGUCGCAGCAACUGACGGGCCUGUCAAACAGAGAAAAGACACAGGGUACAACUUCAAAGCAACACUACAGCUCCUGGGCUUGGAUGAUGGGACUGAGCCCAGUGACAGCGACCCUGCCUUGAUGAGAGGGGCCCACUUGUCCUUUCUGUGUCUGCGCCACCUGCGAAUGCGGGAGCUAUGGCGCAUCUGCUUAGGAAUUCUGAACUACUUCAGGUCUGUUGAGCGCACUCUGACGAUCAACACUUCAGGCCUUACCUUGGUUUCUGGGGAACUGGUCCCCACAGCAGACAGCAGCUCCUGGACAAAUAUUGCGGAAGGAGACAUGGGUGCCUCGCAAGGCCUAGGAGCUCACCACUAUGUCCACGGGACGCCCGCUGAUCACAAGGUCUACAGCACUCAAUUCAUGGAGUUCUCAGAAGUGGAGAACCAGGAUGACUACUACAGCCUAGGAGCUGGCUACAUGCAUACCCAGGACCAGCAAGGGGCCUAUGUCAUGUAUGAUGAAGCCCUGAGCGAUCUGAAGGAACUAGAGGCAGAGCUACUCCUUGUGGGCAGCCACUAUAUCGAGAAGGAAAAAGCUGCCUCUGAUUACCAAUCUCAUUUCCAGCUUCUAGAUUGUUACUUUGAAGCCUACCAGCACGCGUUGGACCCUGAGGAAAGGUUUGCCUUGGCACAAGCGAUGACAGAUAUUAUGCACCAGCGCCCCAAAUUUGAUCUAAGCCACCCUUAUUUCAUUAAGGCCUACCAAGAGGCAUGCACCUGCCUGAGGCUUCACCUGCAGCUGGUGAGGAGCAUCCUCAGCCAUCAUAUAGAGAGUCAGACAGAAUAUGUCCAGAGGCUUCAUUGGGAAGAUCAUCUAGGUGACUGGGAUACGUUCGGACUACCUCUCGACAUUUCUUGUAAGCAACCUGAUUCUGUCAGUAACGUCUGCCCGGCUCUGAGAGGCCUUCAUCUGCUGGACUUCCACCCUUCCCUCGGCCUGGUGGGGCUCAUCCCCAGGGCCCUCGAGCACCUACAAAGAGAGGCCCGCCACGCCCACCGGCCCAGGUCCCCCUGGGGCCUCGCCCUGCUGGAGCGGCGCGUCCUGCAGCUGGCCCUGGACCUGUGGCUCUCGCCGACCAAGCCCGAGGCCUGGUACAGCGCGCGGCUCCAGAGAGAUCUAUUUUCACCUAAGGUGAUGGGAGACCCCUUUCUCGUGGAGGAGAUAGGCCAGCUUGCCCUCCAGGCUGCCGCGGAUGAAGGGCAGAGGCAAGGCCACCACUCUCCUGUGCUGCUCCUGGAGACGUUUGCCCAGCUUCUGGAACUGCUGACCCUCCGCCACCGGCUGAUGGAAAUGAGCCUGGAGAGCGCACACCUAGCUAGGCUGUAUAAGGAACUGGCUCAGGAGAUGGGCUUUGAAGAGUUCCACUUGCAUAUGAGACCCAUUUAUUUUGAAUUUGCAUCACAUAAAGACAUGGUGGACCAGUCAGCUCCUGUCUUUAUGACUUCCUUACUGGAGGACCGUAGUCAAGUAGACAGAUAUUCUCCCACUGCUCUCGCCUUAGCCAUCUCUGAGGUGGAUGAUAACCAAAUCAGCAAAUUUAGUUUUUAUACAAAAGAAGCUAUCCUGAAGCUCUUGUCGCAUUCAGGAGUGGAAAAUAUGCAAGUGACUCUUGCAUGCCAAGCUGCUCAGAAAAAUGCUUUGAUGGUGGCUGUUCAGCAGGCAUCCUUCUACCACACCCCGCAAGCAAGCCGUCCUCCUGAUGUCAAGGAAACAAGUUCAAAUCUGAGAAAUCAAGGUGGAAUGAGCCCAGCCAAAAGAAGUUCCAGAAUUGUGAAUGGCUUAGGAGUCCCAGAUCUCCUUACUCAGUCUUCUGAAAGAUUUCACUCUACCAAAAGGGCUCCAGAGGCUUUUGUGUCUAUUCAGCUGGAAAAGGUGAGACUGAGAGACACGAUGCUGAACACCUUCCUCCUCCGGAAACAGACCAUGGGUGAUGGAGCAAAGAGCCCUGACACAACUGAAAAGAUCAAGAGGGAUGUUAUAAUUGAAUACUGUCAAAAGUUUAACCAUCACAUGUCUCACUAUGCUCUUCGGGGCCAGAUCAUGGCAUACUGCAAUAGCCUGAGAGCUCUGCUGGAAGAUUUUCCUGUUAUCAAGGAUACCUUCUUCAUGUUCGGCCAACCACAAGAAAAGAAGGGAUCGAAGGAUUUCAAAGAGGGCCUCAAGGCUGACCCUAGGAGUUUUCAGCGCCGACCUCAGAGUUUGCUGUCAGAGGAUGGACAGAUCUUCCUCAAUUUAUGGUUCAUCCCACAUCCUUCUGAAGUGCUGCUUAUGUUCAAAACUCUUCCAGAAAAGGCAGCUUUUAGAGCCUUAAAGUUAACUCUGCAGCUGAUAGCCUCUCUCCAUGACAUCGUGGCCUACCUUCUCAGUGUCACUACACUUGGCAAUUGUCCAGCAUGCUUUGAGUUUCCCUUAAGUCCUCGCCCUUCGAGAGGCACCUGGGGAGGAGCUGAGGACAUUGGGUUUGAGCUUCAAGAGCUACAGAAGAUGCUCGACAGCCUUGAGGAGCCGCAGGACCCCGCCCACGUGGCCCAGGCCCUCCUCCUCCGCAGGGAGGUCCUGUUUCUGCAGUUUGAUGGAGCCGUGCGGCAUCUCAUGCGGAAAACAUUCUUGGCUGUGGGAAAUGCUGCUGCCUACCAGUCUGUCACAGAUGGCAUGCACCAUGGGUUACCACCACUGAGCAACUCUCUCAUGAAGAGCAUCUUUGCCUCACAACUCAGCUUGCCACAGCCACUGCAUCCACAGAGCCUGCAGGCAUCGGUGAUGUUCCCCUGGAGAGCAUUUCUGGAAGAUGGAGGACCAUUUCCAGUUAUGAGUUGCACCCCAGACACCCUUGAGUACAACAUGCAGUUGUGCUUCUGUGGGCUGAGUGAUGGUGACCAAAAGGUGGCUCAUGGAGAGCUGGUAGGCAUGCAGCUGCUAAUGGAGGAUGUACUUUCAGGCAGCCAUCAUUCCAUCAUGGAGGGUUCUUCUGGAUGGCAAACCACAAUGGACAAAACUAGACAGCUGGACGGGAUCAGCGCGCCAGGACUCACAGGCGAGCGCCAGAGCAGCCCCGAGGACACCCCCGCAGCCCUGCAAGGCCAGGACGGCGGGAGCGACCCGGCGCAGGCCCUGGCUCUGCUGAGAUCCUUCCUGCUCCUAUGGAAGCGGCUGGAAACGCUCACGGAGCACUGGGGCCGGCUCAGGCUGCGCGUCCAGGAUGUUGGCACGGCCGCCCUGCGCCAGCAGCUCUCGGAGCUCUACACAGCCGACAUUCUCAUCCCCAGCAUGAAAGCUCUAGCAAGGCAGAUGGGGAAAGAAGAUGAAUUUGAAGCCUGUAUAAUAAAUAGUCAGUCUGUUCUUCCCCCAAAAGGAGCUUCAGAAAUUGAAAUAAAAACUCAGCAGCUCCAGAAACUUCUGGAAAAUACUGAAAUUCACAUGAUCCAGGAGGUAUUAAGAAAAGUCCGUAGAGAGAUGACGCUGGUUUUAUCAGAAAAGUCUAAGCAGGAUGGUACUCUCCCAACAGAUCUUUGGAAACACCAAGUCAUGAAAGAAAACUUUUCUGUUAUUAGGCCACAAAUUGUUGAAAAAUUUAUCCAGAAAUUGAUGCAGAACCAGCAGGAUAGUGGGUCAGAGAUCACUUUCAGGAAAGACCACCUGGAGGCCUGCCUGCUCUCUCUGGGCUGUGAUGUGAUGGCUCGAGAGCGAAGCAACUUUGAGAACUACUCCAUGUGCUACGAACAUCUGCUGCAGCACACAAGGCAAAGGCUGUGCCAGAGGGAGCGGGAGCUAGAAAUGCUACAGAAAAGUCAAGAUCCACCUGAAGAUCAUGCUGGUGAGGUUGCAGAGCUCAGUCAUGAUCUGAUCAUGGAACUCACUGGGCUGAGAGCUCAGCUCACAGACUUAAAAGAGGAGAACCUGAAUCUCAAAGAGAAGAUUAGAAAAGAAGUCCAAGAAGAAUAUGAAGCAUUAGUCCAAGCUUUAUUUGCAACCUGUCUGCACAUAAAAGACAAGCUGGAUGAGAAUCAGCUUCACUUGGUCCAGAAUGUGCGCGAGCUCAUUGGCGAAGUCAGAACAGAAGGGAUGGCCAGCAUGAAAGAGCUAAAGAAAAGAUGGGGGUCAGCCAGACCUGACAAGGGACUAAAAGAAAACCCAGUCAAAGAGCAGCUGCAGGCCCUGGAGCAGGACAAUGACCACCUGACCACCCUGCUGUGCACAGCCAGGAACCUGGGCCGCUGGAGGCUGGCCGCGCAGCAGGCUCACUUCCGGGGCCAGCUGAGCAGAGCAGAGAAGGAAUCUAUUCAAAGUAAAAAAGAAUGUUUGAACAUCAAGCUAAUGGCUGAACAAGAAGCCGAUCUGUUUCGUCAGCAGCUACUGGCUCUCAGGCAGGCCCUGGCCAGUGCUCAGGCUGAGAAUGCGAGGCUGAGGACGCAGCAGGAGAAGCAGGCUCGGCUGCUGCAGGAGUCAGAGCACAGGGCGACCCAGGAGGCCCUCACCCGGCAGCAGCUGGACAGCAUAAAAGUGUCCAGCAUGCAGAAGCUCCUAGAAGAUGCACAGCGAAAAGAACAGCAACUGCAGCUCCGGGCUGAAGAGGCCGAGAGGGCCUCGAAGCAGGGCCAGCUGCAGCGGAGGAGGCUGGCAAGAGAGCUGCACCAGGUAAGAAGCCGGCUUGCCCAGGAGCACAGCAUGAAGCUUGAUGCUUUCCAGCGGGCGCAAGAGCUGCAGAGUCAGCUCAGGCUCCCUGAGCAGCUGCCUGUCCACAUGAGCUGUUCACAUGGCCUUGCAUCCCUAAGUUCCACAUCAUCUGGACAUUCCCACCAACACUUUUUAAAGACUAACAUAUUGAGCAGUAAAAUUACAGGAAGGAGUCAAAGACCAAAGACUGUAAGUAACAAUAAGUUUGAUUAUAUGUAUGAAUGUAUGAAAGUAUGA